AUGAUGAAUAGCAUUCAAAAAGUACCAACAAGAAUUCUCAAUGCAAUCAAUGGUGAAAAUUUAUCAUCAGAUACAGUCAUAUUUUAUAAAGAAGAUCAAGGUUGGGUGUAUAAGAGAUGCGACGUUGAUCUCAUCGAUCAAACUCUUGCAAGGAGAACAAAUCUCGACGAUGAUAUACGUCCAUUGGAGUCGCUUGGCCCCUUCGGUACUCGACCAACUAACGUCUCAAUAGCUAUUUUACUAGGGACAGAUAUGUAUCAAACAAAAUUUGAUCAGGGAUUAAGUGAAUUGGCUCAAUAUGAUGAUAUCGAAUGUGUUGGUCAACAUGCUCCAUUGACGCCAGUAACUCUUCAGGGUGCAGCUCGUGACGUUGCACAUAUACCACAUGAUGCAACACACUUUUGUUGGGUUUAUCCACCAGCUGGACUAACUCAGUUAGGUGAUAAAGCAAAGAAAAAGAUAGAUAAGAAAGUGGCAAAAGGUGAUUUAUCCUAUACUUUCCUUGCUUUCGGUGGUUUUGUUUAUUUUCGUGUCGAUGGAUAUAAUUACACGAUGUUACAAGCUAAUGCUCUUGUUAAAGCUGACAAUGGUCUUACAUUUCAUGGACCUUUCAAAUGGCGAUCAGUCUACACAGCUCAUUUGGAUAAACAAGGACGAUUUCAGAAUGUCACUGUUUCAUCGCUAUUGGAUUCAGGCAUAAAAUACUAUUGUUUUAUCAAUCCAAAUGAAAAACUUCAGAGUUCUGUUGACGGCUAUCCAGAUUGGACUCCUGCUAAGAAUGGUGCUUUCAUCUAUUUAUACGAAUCUCCAGCAAAAUCUCAUCCAUAUGAUCGAUAUUUUACUAUUGCCGACGCACCAAUUACAGACCAUAUUGGUACACAAGUCAUGCCAUUUUCAUUAGUUCGCAGAUCCAAAUCCCUUAGGUCAUCAUUACCAUUACUACAGAACUCAGUUACCGAUAAACAAUCAGCUUCAUCUUUACCAAGUUCGAAUGCUGAUAAGGAUAGAUUCAAGUGUUCAAUUUGUUUUGAUCGUACAAUUCAAUGCAUCUUAAUUCCAUGUAAGCAUAUGUGUGCAUGUGCUGAAUGUGCUCAAAUCAUCAAAGAAACGCAAAAAUCACGUUGUCCAAUAUGUAGACAAACAUUUACUGAAAUAUGGAAUGUGUUUUUGUAA